AUGCCGCUGACCAAGAUCAGCAGCCGCGCCAACCGUAUGCACCAUCGGCAAUUGGCAAUUGGUCUGGAGAGCCAAAAGCGAAGCUUGCCCACUGCUGUGGGCGAUGUGAGCGAUGCCCUCAAGUUCAACCAGCUCAAGGGGCGCAAGAAGCACCUCAAGUUUGCCAUGAGUCCCAUCCACGACUGGGGUCUCUUUGCCAUGGAGCGCAUCGAGGCCAACGAGAUGGUGAUUGAGUAUAUUGGCGAGAUCGUGCGACAAAAGAUUGCCGAUAUCCGCGAGCAGCAGUAUGAAAAAAGUGGCAUCGGCAGCAGCUAUCUGUUCCGCAUCGACGACGACACCAUCAUCGACGCAACUAAGAAGGGCAAUCUGGCACGGUUUAUCAAUCAUUGCUGCGAUCCCAACUGCAACGCCAAGAUCAUCACAGUCGACGGACAAAAGAAGAUUGUCAUCUACGCGGGACGCACGAUCCUGGAGGGCGAGGAAAUCACGUACGACUACAAGUUCCCGAUCGAGGAUGAGAAAAUUCCAUGCCGCUGCGGGGCUGAGGCUUGCCGUGGGUAUCUCAACUAG